AUGAACGAAAGCACUUCAUUCGAUCCUUCGAAAGGUGCUGAGCUGCUAAUGGGCGCUAAUGGGGCCGGGGGAAAAGAGGUUUACGAGUACACCCCGGACCCAGGUUCUGUACUGAUUCAUGACAGUUCCUCUCAAGACGGAUUCGAUAGAGAUGCGUAUCGGCUAACAAGAGGUGCGAAAGAAAUCGACGACUCGGAGGUCAGCCCGAGCACUGCCUACGAGUUCUUCAGAGGAAAGACGUACAAGAGUACAGCCUUCCGCAAUGGCUUUGUUUCUCGUCAAGGCUGGGGCCCCUCGGACUCGGGUCCCUUGGAGGUGCGGGGACAACGGACUCAGCACGCUGCCUUGAAAGGCAGCCGCGCAGGCAAGGAGGGAUCGAUGGAUUCGGCUGUCUCGGACUUCCCGGAAAGUACUUUCGAAACGCCCAUAGGGCGACUGAAGCGGUUGCAGGGGGAAGUUGAGGAGAUGCUGGACUUUGUUUCUUCUUUCCUUGUGGAGGAAAGAGUGCCGGCUUCGGACCGGUCCGAGGUGCAAUCGGUCAGCCAACCGGCAGAAGCUGCUUUUGGAGAACCACGAGAGGAGUCUAGUGAUGCAAAGCACUUGGGAACCCACCAUGUGCACUACCACACCCGUCGCCUCCCACCCGCUGCUCAGGAGGCCCUUCUCUUUGGCCAUGACCCCCUGUCCCUCAUAGAAGAAUUGAAAAAGCUGCGCAUGCAAGUUGCGAGCGUGCUGAGCGACACGAGGACGGAAGCGCUAGUCUCGCAUAUCGAACCCGUUACGGGAAUGAAAUCUGGAACAGCCCUGCUGCAGCAGCACCUCGCUGCAGCUUCUGCCCAGCUGCAGCGGACGCUUGGGAGAGAAGGGAAAGGGGCCCCACCUCCCCCUAGCAGCGCUUCUCCAAGAAAUGCCUCGGCUCCGGCGUUAGCCACGUCGGACAUGCCGAACGAGGCGGGUCCCAGCAAGAGAGAUGGGGGCGGCAAUACAGGCCCAACCACAGCCUACGAAGUGUACUGCGUGCCUUCUCUGUCCCCAAUGAUGGAGCAGAGCCGCAUCACUUCUCUAGAGCGGCGACUUGCAUUUGUGGAGAACAAAAUCGGCCUCCAGAAGAUGAGUCUUCUUCCCCAUGCCGACCUCUUCGAGGCUGCGUUGCUCCUAGAGCUCCAUGCUCUCCAGCAGCGCCGCCACGAACUAGAUAUGGCCGCGGAGGGGUUAACGGUCUCCUCUGGUGCAACCGGGAUGGAGCCAGGGAAGGGACUUGCGAGCGGCUCUGCUUCUUCCAGUGACUGGCAGCGGGUCGAGGAUCUCUACGACAUAUGCGAACGGUGGAAAGCACCAGCUGCCCUACUGCCUUCCGUGCUGCAACGGCUAAAGCUACUCAAGGGGAUCCACCAAGAAGCCGGCGGUGUGGCCGUCCGUCUGUCGGUGUUGGAGAAACAACAAGAGGAGCUGCAGGCCUGGGUCAAGCGGGCAGACGACGCGGUGACCCAGCUGCAGAAGACAGUCUUAGACAGCGUUGAAUGGGCACAAAAAACUGUCGCUCAGAUGCAGCAGCGGCUGGCUGCUGUGGCGCCGUCGACGGCAACCGAUGCAUGA